CAACGUGAUUACUGCUUAUAAAUUAUUCACAUUUUUAAAAUAUAAUUGAUUUCGUUUACAAAUGUCCUUGACUUCUCCCGUCACAUAUAUCCGGGUGACUGUGGCUUUGUAAGUUUGCCAGACUUCUAUUACAUUAAUUGCAUGUAUAGUAGGCGCAGUGUCCCACUGCAGCAGGAAAAAAAUACUCGCCGCUAAUGAGGCCAUUUUCAAAACUGUGUACUAGUCGAAAUAAACAGAUCCAAGCCGAAAUAAAAAGAUCCAAGCAGGAGUAUUGCCAUUUUGAACAUACAAACUGAGUAAAUUUUGCCUUCAUUUCAAAAUCACCAUCGAACAGAAUGAAAUACAAGCUAAACUACGCAUGCAUAUAAUAAAAUAGCUACUGUACAGCCUACAGCAGAUACUGAGAAUAACACGUCACAGAAACUAUAGAUCAGACGGUGUGGCUACGAUAGAUCAGUCUAGUAAAAUAUAAAACGAACAAUUUUGGAUUGCAUUACAAUUUGCAAGUGGGUAAAGGAAUGGCAAUAGACACGUCCCGAAUUGCUACGUUGUCCGCCUCGAUUUCAAACUAUUACUUUGUGUAAACUCAAGCAUAGGGCAUUUGGGAAUUGUCUAUUAUUUUCAUUGUUAUGUAGUUAGGAGUCUUGUAUCUGCAAAGAAUAGUGAGAGAUACAGUUUUAAUUAAUGCCUUUGGCCCGUUGAAAACACAUACGGAUACCAAUCAAUUCAGAAGUAUACCUAUUAAAUUACAAUUAUAAUACUAAGAAGGUCUAAGAACUGUACUUACAAAGAGAGAUUCGUGCUCGUCGUCGAAGAAGGGAAACCGAAAUCCAAUAUUUACGCGAUCAGAACUACCAUCAUCAUUGGUCGGUACCGAGGUAUCUCCGUUCUCAGGUCCGUAAGGAUAGAAAUCGUUAAGUUCUAUACGCAUGUAAACAACUUGGAGAACGUUAAGGAAAACAAAAGCCAAUACAACAGACUCCAUAACUGUAUUCUGUCCUUCUAUGCGUUCAGGAACGCAUUCCAAGAAAUAAUACCUAUCAUAUUAC